GGCCCUGGGGAAUGUCCCAGGGCGAGUUCGCGGAGACGCCCGCUGAACUCCGCCCGGCUCCACUGCUCCUUUUAGGGCCUGAGGCUCGACGCGUUCCGAAAUGGCAGAGGAGUCCGACAAAGCCGUUAAGUACUAUACCCUGGAAGAGAUCCAGAAGCACAACGACAGCAAGAGCACCUGGCUGAUCCUGCAUUACAAGGUGUACGAUUUGACCAAAUUUUUGGAGGAGCACCCCGGUGGGGAAGAAGUCUUAAGGGAACAAGCUGGAGGUGAUGCUACUGAAAACUUUGAGGAUGUCGGACACUCUACGGAUGCUCGAGAAUUGUCCAAAACGUUUAUCAUUGGGGAGCUGCAUCCAGAUGACAGGUCAAAGAUAACCAAGCCUUCGGAAACUCUUAUUACUACUAUUGAUUCUAAUUCCAGCUGGUGGACCAAUUGGGUGAUCCCAGCCAUCUCAGCACUGGUUGUAGCCCUGAUGUAUCACUUCUACACAUCGGAACACUAAACACAUUCUCAGAAGCCAAUGGAAGAAAAGACUGCUUUGGUCUGGGGAGAAAGAAGCCACCGUUAACUGCUUCAACUGACAGAACCCUUCACCUGAAAAUGAUUUGAAUACACCUGUUUUCCUUUCCUCCUACAUUAGACACAAAACAAACCGAAAAGAACUGUUCUUUCUACUGCUGAACUUUUAGAGUAUGCCUUUUUAUUCAUCAGCUUUGUUUUGAUGUUCCAUCACUAUGUCAUUUGCUUAUUGUGGGCACAAUCUUUUAAAACAUACCACUGUGUUUGGCUGUCUGUUUGAUAUGUAAUUGUCUUUAAUGUUUGGAAUCUGAUUAUUUGGCAGUCAUUUAAUGUGCUAAUCUUUCAGAUCCAAGUUGUCUGUCUGAUGUGAGUAGGGGUGUCCUUGGAUCUCUUCUUGUGCUGCUUCAUCUAAUUGAAUAAUCAGGUAUUGCAUGUUUCCAAUGUAGUUUUUUUUUUUACAAGGAAAUUAAGGAAGGCCCAGAAAUAAUAGCUUAAAGAUUUCUAAUAAUUGUUCUACUUGAACAAUCAUAUAGAUGAUAAAAAGAGAAAGUGGCCUGCAAGACCUAGAAAAGAUACUCCAUCUUUUCUUUGAUUGAAAACACCAGCAACAUCAACAAAAGCCUGUGAACCAUGAGAGAACAUUACCACUGUCCCUUCUCUCAGCGUAAACAUGUCAUUCCGAAGAGAUUCUCAGUUAUACAGGUUCUCAGGUUUUACAGACCCCUCCUUCAGAGGUGAAAACU